AUGGCGGCCAACUACUGGACCUCGACGCAGCGGCGGUUCUGGCUGUUUGACCGCGAGCAGCUGGCGGAGACGCGGGCAGCGCUGGACGAGGCAGACCGGGCCUUCAUUGCGCAGUAUCCGCUGCCCGACCACCGGCUGGUCAACAUCUACAUAAACCAGCGGCAGUGUGUGCUGACGGGAGCAGAGCUGAUCAAGCUGGGGAAGCGGAUGAACACCCGGCAGCAGGCUCUAGCAACAGCCCAAGUAUAUGUGAAACGCUUCCUGACGAAGGUCAGCAUCCGGCGGACGAACCCCUAUCUGCUGCUGACGACGGCAUUCUACCUUGCCUGCAAGACGGAGGAGUGUCCGCAGCAUAUCAAUUAUACGGUAGAAUUCAUACUGAGCGACAGUGCAAAGGUCGGCGAGUGCGAGUUCUGGCUCAUCAGCGAGCUCAACUCGCAGCUGAUCGUGCACCACCCGUACCGGACGCUCUCGGACUUCUCGUCGACAAUGACCAACACGGCGAGCUCGGGGCUGACGCUGAGCUCCGACGAGAUCGCGCUGGCCUGGUCGGUGGUGAACGACAGCUACCUGACGGACCUGCCGCUGCUCCAGCCACCGCACGUCAUUGCGGUGAUGGCGGUGUUUGUGGCUGUGGUGUUUAAGCCGGGAACGAGCACCACCAGCAGCAGCAUCACUAGCAGCAUUAUCAGCACAGGGGCAGUAGGCCCAGGCACCCUCGCCAGCAGCAGCGCCAGCACCGGCACCGGCACUGGCACCGGUCCAGGAACAGGCACGACAAGUUCUGCCGGGAUGGCGGCGGGCAUACGAGAAGGGAUGGGCGACGGGGGCCGGGUGCAGAAGGUCGUCGAGUGGCUGGCGGGCAGCGAGGUGUCGAUCGAGGCCGUGGUGGAAUGCACGCAGGAGAUGGUGGCGCUGCCGCUACGUGCGGGGGAGGUUUCUCGACAAGUAGCAGCUGCAGACGCCAGCCAGACAGCGGACGAAGACGAGGGACGAAGACGAAGACGAGAGGAGGAGCAGGAGGAGCAGGCUGGCGCUGGCGUUGGGCCUCUGCAUGUACAUGUUUCGACCUGCAGCCUGCGUCUCGUCGCUGUCACUGCUGCAGUGCUAUUAAUGGAUGAAACUCGGCGCUAA